AUGGAUCCCAAUCUUAACUACAACUUUGCUUACGGAGAUAACUACGGCACCGGCACCGAUCACACGAGCGAUCCUGUACGUUAACACUGAACUUUUGUGGGAUCUCUGAUGACAAUAAGUGUCCGAUUUAAAAAGAACCCCCAAAAUGUUUGGCGUUCUCGUAUGCAUCGCAUAAUUUUUACAUGUUAUGUUUUACCAGUACGGAUUAGCCCGUCCCAAACGGUUGAGCUUGUUCGAACUUUUCUUCGUAGAUUUGUUUUGUCACAAGGUGAUGCACUCCUGGACGUGGUUGCUAGUUUCCAAUACGGAACAUAUCGACCAGGAAUGAAUCAAAUUAGGCUUCAGUAAUCCAUCCCAACCGACAAGAAAUUUGAAAUUGGAUCGGAUGGAAUAAAGUAUUUCAGGUGAAUCAUUAUGGCUGGACAACUCAAUGGUCGCAACCGCCAUCUGCUGCCGCUGCUCCGGCUGCGAACGCGGUACGGUGUCAUUUUGAGUUCGUAUCACUCACCCAUUCAGAAAAAGUUACAGUUUCCGCAGUAUGUCAGCCAGCAACAACAGCAACAACAGCAACAGCCACAUCAGCAACAACAAACUCCCGGCGCCUACUCUAACUUGAACCCACUUUCUUCGUUCAUGCAACAGCAACAGAAACCACCUGGACAAUUCCAACAAAAGGCAAGUUGCUCUCGCUUCAUGUCGUAAGAAAGUAGAAGACCGAACACUAUGUAGUCUUGUCUCACAAGUAUUUAAAAAAAUAUAUUCCAGAAGUUUGGGCAACAAGGCGCCCCGAAGGCUGCGAAUCAUGGUUCCUACCCCUUCGGAGCCGGCACCGGUGCCAACGCAAUGAAUAUGUUGGGCCGAGACUGGGUCACACCACCUUCUCAGAAUGCUUUCGGUGGUUUUAAUCGGCCAUUUAAUAAUCAGGGAGGACAGUCUAAGAUGCAGUUCUUCGGACAACCUCAGAUGAGCAAAGGAAAUUGGAAGGUGAGCGAGAAUCAAAAUCAGAAAUCUCAUAGGCACACUACAGAACAAGAACAAAGCGCCGGCUCCACCACGCAAGUUCGAUACUGCCGGAAAGACGCCAGCUAUGGUUCUUCACGAACUUUUCAAAACCAUCGGAGAAGAGUGAGUCCAAGAAAGCAGAUGUGGUAAAAAGAGUAUUCGAUUUCAGCUACUCGGAAGUAAACACCGUCCCAAAGAGAUACCGUUGCACUCUUACGGUCAACGGGCGUGAAUUCCAAAUGGAGUCGGCUAACAAGAAAGCGGCAAAACAAAAGUGCGCCGAGCUUGUCAUCCGCGAUCUCCGUCCAGAUCUGCAUCUGACACCGUUCGAAGAGGGGGUCACUGCGAAAGCGGUGCCAGUCGUUUCCGGUGGUGUCCCGGUUGAUGGCAAUGGGCAAGCGGGCAAGCGUAACGUAUGUUCAAUCGCCCUCUCCUCUUAGCGUGUUUUGCUGCAUUCCAUUCAGUUAAUUCAGGCCGCUUCUAUGUUAAACCCAGCACCUGCCGCUCAGAAGAAAGCUAGUAUCAAGAAGGCUAAGGUGUGUGUGGUUCUGGUUACUAACAGUUCCCUUUUAUUUCGAACUGAAAACAUAUGUUGUCCCUUUUUAGUUGACUCCCGUCGAAUCGGCUCUCUCGUUGCUCGAUUUGAUGCAGAAAGUUAUUGCGGAGUCGCAAGUCAAGUACACGCCGGUGUUCGAAGCUCAUGAGAAUCCGAAGAUGCAGGAAGUGAAGCAGGAAGUGAACGAGGAAGUGAAGCAAGAAGGCGUAGAGACACCCGAGAAUUCUGAAAACGAAAAAAAGGGUGCUUGGCGCAAGAACGACGCUCAGCACACUGUGACGCUGAAAUUCGCCGACCAAGGCAAAGAGUAUUCAAAGUCUGGAGCGAACCGAGGGAUUCUGAAGGAUAUGGUUGUUCGCGAAGCCCUUCGGGACUUGUUCCAAUUGUCUCAGGAGGACAUAACUACUGUCGCCCGUCGACAUGCGAGCAACCGUCUCGGAUCGGACAUGACCAUCAUUCAGUGCCUUCAUACAAUCUGCACUAUUCUCAACUGCUCAGUGACUUUGGAGUGCGAGCCUGCUGAGGACAGACCAUUGGGAGAAGGAAGACUGCUCUUCACCGGAAAGUGUUCGAUCAUCGAUCAUACAGGUAAGGGUGGUGAUCCAUUUGACGUUUAAUUUCGAACGUUUCAAGAGAACGACAAAGAAUUUAACACAAAGUCGCCAUCUCUGCCGUCGAAAGCUAUCGCCAAAGAGUUCGCGGCUCAAGAAAUGCUCAGAAAUUAUUUCAAAAUCGACCCGACAACUUGUGUGAAGGGUGAUGGUGUGACCACCCAAGGACCAUGCGCCGUUCUCCAUGCGAUGCUUAAUAAACAGACCAGACAGCGCACCAAGAUAAACUAUGAAUUCAAGGACAAUGUGCCAGCGGUGGCCGGACAGCCAGCCACUGUUUUCUAGUGAGCAAUUCCGAGAAUCCCUCAUGAAUUUCUAAAAUUCAUAUUUCAGCUGUGACUGUGUAAUCGAUGACAAAGACCGUUACACCGGAAACGGAAGAUCGAAGAAGCUGGCCAAGAACGAAGCGGCGAUGCUGGCUCUCAAGAAGAUCUUCAACAUUGACUUUGACCCAUCAGCCACGUACCCGCUUGCUCUUUCCAAUCGUGUCAUGACUGAGCAAAAAGUUUCGAAUGAUUGUAGAACGAUCGCAGAGUUCUGCAAAAGAGAGUACCAUCAAAUGACCGAGUACUACCAGGUCCAGCCAAGCAAUCAGAUAGCUUGUUUCCUGCUUGUCAAUGAGCACAACGAGAAACGACUUCUCUCCAUGGGAUCUUCAGUUCAAUACGUCGUCGAACCGGAUACUCUCAACGGCGCCAACGGAUCGGCUGUCAUUCAUUUGGAUCCUAUUGUGCUGGCUCGCAGAUCUCUUAUCCGUUACUUACUCCAAGAACUGGAAAUUCUUGAGACGAACCCGGGAAUGUCGGUUUUUGAUAAGAAAGAGGGCGGAAAGGCGGCUCUCAAAUCGAAUAUGAAGCUCGUUCUCUACUCGAACUUCUCACCCGUCUGCACGUACGCUGUUGAUGACGCCGAGACUAAGAGCCUCGCUCUCGUGACGUAAGGAAACAUUUCUGUAGGAAAAUAGAUUAAAAGAGCAAUUUCAGGCCGACAAACACAUCGCCUGUUCCGAGCGAUGUGCUUACUCUCGAGGAAAUUCGAGCAAAUAAGACUUUGCGUAUUCACUGCACUGCAGACAAAGUUUUCAAAUGGAGUGUGCUGGGAGUUCAAGGCGCUUUGCUCUCUAACAUAAUUCACCCUAUCUUCAUUUCCCAAAUCUACUUCGGCUCGGAAGUGCCCGUGUCUGAUGAAUCGCUAAAAUUCGCUCUCCAAGGACGACUGGGACCGGCGGAGUCUGAGCGAGAGAUCUUGGUGGAAAGUAUGCCGCUCCAGAUGCGCAUUCACGCGGCUUACUCUCAAGCCUGGUACAGAGGAUCCGAUUCUGUCGAAGUGCUCGACUAUAACACUGGGCGCACGAACAAGGGGUCCCGUUCGAAGCUGUGCAAGGCUGAGAUCUUCGAUGCUUAUCGUAGGGUGAACGGCGUUGAUCUAUCGAUUGUCGACUAUUCGAAGGCCAAGGAGAAUGCGAGCGAAUACCAGUACGAGAAAAGAGUUUUCUAUGGAAAAGUAUGGGAUGACUAAACUACUCAGUUUUCACAGAUUGUUUUUUUUAGAUGGAAGCUGCCGGACUCGGAAAAUGGCAGACGAAGCCGCCUGGACUCAUCGACUCAUUCACUCUUGCCGCAUUCGAUUGA